AUGAAGUAUUUUACGCCCAACAGUGUCAAGCAGUUGUCCUACAGUACGGUCACGAUGUCCUGUGCUCUAAUCAUCCUGGCCCCUCUGUGGAUCAAUGUUCUGACACAAACCUGCAGGGGAGAGGAGCUGUCCCGGGAAGCGGUGUUGUCCUGGUUCAGAGAGCGGCUCCUGGAGGGCCUCGGGCUAGAGGAGCCGCCGCUGACCACAGUGCAGGGUUCUAACGGGGACACGGCACAGCCAGAAGCAAGGCAUGCACCCCGGAGGGCCCCCAGGACAAGCAGGACAGCGUGGGUUAACCAUCAAACCAGUCAAACCCAGGAGAUGUCUCAAAUUAUUCUGUUCCCCAGUUCUGACUCAUCCUGCACCAGCACUGACUCAUCACCUGGAGAUCUCAGCAACAGCCACUUCACAUAUUACUUCCAGCCCUCAGUGAACAACCAGGAAACCCUGGUCACAUCUGCCCAUUUCUGGUUCUUCACAGGCAAAGAAACCCAAACUAACUCCUCUGCCCAGCUGUUCGCUGUCACUUCAACACAGAAGCUUCUUCUGGUGGCGGAUGCUCCAUCAAAGACGAGCUCAGACGGAUGGACCACCUACCACCUGGAUCAAAACCUGCUGGCUCCUGUGGCUGAGGGCCCUUUCCUGCUUCAGGUCCGCUGCCCAUCCUGUCAGUGCCUCAACAACGAAGCAGACAAGACACCCUUUCUCCACCUCAACGCUCAGCCUCGUGGCCCUGUCCGCUCAACCCGCCACGCACCCUUAACCAUCCCCUGGUCUCCCUCAGCUAUCGACUUGCUGCAGCGGCCCCCACAGAACAGACCUCAGCUCAGCGACUGCAACAGAGCACAGAUUGACAUCAGCUUUGAGGAGCUGGGCUGGGACAACUGGAUUGUCCAUCCAAAGGUGCUGACUUUCUAUUACUGUCAUGGUAACUGCUCUGCCUGGGAUCGACCCAACGCCAUGCUAGGGAUCACACAGUGCUGCGCUCCGGUCCCGGGAACCAUGAGGUCGCUGAGGAUCACCACAACGUCUGACGGCGGGUACUCGUUCAAGUAUGAGACCUUGCCCAACAUAAUACCUGAGGAGUGCACUUGUAUCUGA